AUGGCUGCCAAUAACCUUAUCGCCCUUACCGGAUCCACUGGUUUCCUGGGAUUCAGAGUCCUCGUCCUUGCUCUCAAGGCCGGCUACAAUGUCCGCAUCGUGGUCCGAUCCGAAAGCAAGGCCAAAAAGGUUCUCAACUCGCCGUCCAUCAAGGCUUUGAACCCCAGCCAAGAGAAACUUUCCGUCGCCGUUGUUGAGGAUAUGGAAGUCCCAGGCGCCUUUGAUGAGGCAGUCAAGGGAGCGACCUAUGUGAUCCACUGCGCAUCUCCCAUUCCCACCUUCGGUGGUGAAGCUCCUCCCACCCCCGAGCAAUAUGAAGAGUUCUUCGUUCAGGCUGCUCGCCGAUCGACAAUUGGCCUCCUCGAAAGCAGCCGCAAGGCCGGCACCAUUAAGCGUGUCGUUAUUACCAGCUCUAUCGUUGCAAACACCCCCUUCCACUACUACCUCGGCCAGGGCGACGACAAGAUCUUCGACGCUGACUUCCGCAUUCCCGUCGACCAAGGUCCUUAUGGAUUUGAGUUUCAGGCUUACAGCGCCAGCAAGGCUGCUGCGUUGAACGAGUCUGAGGCUUGGGUCAAGGGAAACAAUCCCGGUUUUGACCUCAUCAGCAUUCUUCCUGGCUGGAUCUUUGGUGCCGACGAGCUGGCUACCACUGUCAAGGAUUUCGAGUCCAGCUCUACUAAUUCAGUCCUGUUGAACUUCCUUCGUGGUGGCCAAUCUGAUGUCCCAUCAAACAGCAACUCGGUACUCAUUGAUGAUGCCGCCCAGAUUCAUGUCUUGGCUCUUGAUCCUAAGAUCCCCGGCAACCAGGCAUUCGUGGCCGCAGGAGAUGGCCUUGAUGGUAUGGUCUGGGAAAAUGGUCUCGAGGUGAUCAAGAAGUCUUUUCCUGAGGCGAUUUCUCAAGGACUUUUGAAGACAACUGGAAAGCAGCCGACCCUUACUGUUCGCCUUGAUGCUAAGAAGACUGAAGAGACCUUUGGUAUUAAGCUGGCUGGGUUUGACGAGCAGGUCAAGAGCUUGGUGAGCCAGUAUCUCGAGGUUGCUAAGGCUUAA